CACGACUUGGUCCUCUAUACACAUGAGGUCUUGUCUCCCAGAGGCUCCCCUUCACAUCAGGUCAGACACUGAGACCGUCGCCAAUACUCCUCUCAUCGCUCAGACAACAUGACCGGAGUUCUGUCACCCUCGCAGACGGCUGCACUCUUCGACAUCCUGACCCAUUACGACACCUACGCCCAGAUCCGCGAGUUUCGAAGACCCGGCAGCCUUUCAAACUAUGGGCCCCCUUUUACCGCGCAGCAAGACAGCCCAUCCAGCUCGCCCGCCCUGCAGGCUCUGGUCUCCAAGUUCCUGCUGAAUCUGCCGGGCUUGAACAAUCUCCCCGAGAAGUGGUGGACCGUGCAAUGUCAAGAAAUCAUCGAGAGUCUGGAGAGGGCCAACCUGAGCGAGAGCUAUGACAAGGGCGUCAUCGGCAGCCGCAAGACCCUCGCCACGGCCAUAUCAGCCCUGAUCGAAUACCCCGUCAGAGGCACCUUCGCCGGCUUCCCCGAGAUCAGGGACCGCGACUCGAAUUACGACGUCACCAAAGCCGAUGAUCUGCGACGUGCCUUUCGGGACUUCCUCAACGACUGCGUCUAUGGCGGUAUCCUCGAUGAGAUGGUACAGAAGACCGCCGAGACGGACAAUCUCGAAGACCACCCUCAGUUAACCAAAGCCGUGCACGAGUUUGUGCUUGUCAACAUUGCUUCCUUUAUGCACUACACUUUGAUCUUAUCGCCCAAAGGUCAGUACCUGCUGAAGUUGGUCGACAAUGCCAAUAAACUGGUGCCCUACAUGGUCCUUAGACAAACACUGAAGAUCGGAAAUGUCGCGACUAUGAUAAACGCCAUGGUCAAAGUUGGCCUGGCCAAAAUGAGUGUUACCAGCGUCACCAACUGGAUAGGCUUGACGCAGUCUCAGGACGAGGGCACGAAUCUAAUGCAAACAAUCAUCUCCACGGUCCUUAACUGGGACAUCAGGGAUCUCGAGUCGAGGGCGACGAAACUCGAGCGAGAACGCGCAAAACUCGGCAAAGAACAGCUGCAUGCCCUGAAAGACUACGCCCAUCAACCGCAAGAAGAGCAGGACCGCAUCCGAAAGGAAAGUCAAACGCAGUCCAUCUCUAUCGUGACGGCCAUCCUAAAAGACGUCAAAUCCGCUUCUACCGAAUUGACCGAAGUCCACCACAAGCAAGCAUUAGAGUAUCUCUCGAUCCACCUGUCCAUUCGUGACCGCAAACAGCUGAUCCAGUGCCUCUGCAAAUCUUCCCCCGACCACUUAACCAUGUCUGUCAGAGAAGUGGUCGAUGCCUACGAGCCUGUCAUACGACGCAUGCACAAAGCCAUCGAUCUGUCCUCCACACUGUCCGAUUUUGAAAGCUUCCUCAAAGACUUGAUCAAGCUGGCGAGAAUCCACACGGACAAAUCCAACAAAGCCAUUGUGCCCACCGUGGGAGACUUUGUCCAGUUACUCCGCAAGCAUCAGCGGUCAUGUCACGUCUUCAUGCACCAGUGCGCAAAGAAUGACAAGGAACUGACGGGGUGGUACCUCGAGUGGGCCAAGAAUGCAGCCUCGCAGUUCAAACAGGAGCCGGGUGGUGAUACCCACGAUGUCGUAAAGCAUGGAAAAGGCGGAGCUGGCAACUUGACGGCGUCGCUGCACGACCUCUUCUCCUCUCUCCCCAAAGAAACGCAAUCCCGCAUCCUGCCCAUCCUUGACUCCCACUCCGGAUACCUGGACAAGAUGCACGACCAGUCCACGGCGCGCCUCGCCAACGUGUUGAAAUCGCCACCGUCCAAGAACCCAGCCAUCGCAAAGAUCUUCUCGUCCAACCACUCGAACCACUCCAGUCGACCUUCUUCAAGGACAUCUAGCCCGGCUCCACCACUUGAUCGUGGCGAGGGCAAUGCCACACCGUCGUCGACGCCCACAUCAGCAUCAUUCCCCACGAGCGUAUCGGAAAGCGAGACGUCGCGCGAGAUCAAAGAAAACCCGACGCCAGAGGUCUCUUCGAACCCGGGGCCCGGCUCAUUCCUCGCGCGCUGGCAAGCGCUGCUCGACGCCACCCCGAUCACCCCGUUGAGUCAGCAUGGGAGUCUGAAAGCGGCGAGCUCGCCGGAGGUGAUACAAGCGAGUGCGACAGACGUCGACGGCUCGAGGCUCGUCCACUUCAGGAACAAGGAGGCACGAGGGGAGAAGAUCCGGGUCGAAGACCAGCAACCGUUCGGGCACAAUGGCAAGGAAGAUGAGGUGGGCAUUGGAAACGAGGCGAGGAAGAAGCAGAAGGAAUUGAGGAUCGUCAUUGACGCGAUGGGAGACGGGUUCAGGGAGUUGUUGGCCAAGAAGGGGUGUUAUUGGUGAACACACACUCAACUCAACAGCUCGACAACGACGAGAGGGAAGCAGACACCACACUAAACCGCACAGCUUGGCCGAGCGACCGUCUACAAGUUCUUGCCUCCUCCGCCGCCCGGCUUUGCGACUGUUGUUAUGAACGCGAUGCUAUUUCCAUGCCGCCAGCACCAAGGGAGUUUCUUCGAUCGAACUGACCUCGUCCACAGAGAUAUGCCAGGCGAAUUCAUAACCCAGGAAACAAGACGAGAACCCGAAGCUUCCGUCCGUGUGUCCAUCCGUCUGGAUUCAAGCCCGACGCCGGGUGAUAUGGGUGAUCCCAUCGAACAACCCCCGAGCAAGAAAAUAACACGGGGUCUUUCCUGCGACCGAUCGAGCGAGCGAGUGGGCAGCAACUUUCUCAUCGGACGCCCGCCCGUUUCGAUAGGAAUGACGUUCUUUCAUGAAGAUAUCAUAUUCACUCGGGCUCGGCUGCAAGGAGGUCGGGUCUUGAGUCGCGUGAGUGCCCUGCCCUUCGUGCGUGGUCCACCGUAUUGGGUAGUUGUCGACACAUCCCCGAUACUGAACCAUGUGUUGGACUGAGAAAGAAGCCCGCGAAUGAAGCCCGCGAAUGAAGGGGGGAGAUAGAAGAGUGAAAAACGCAGGAACAACGGAGGGCUGUUGGGGCCGGGAGACGGGCGCAGCAAAGCCACGAGUACAAACAUGCCCCCCACGAUCCAGUAUGGCAUCUUCCGGUCCUUUGGAUGCUUUGCCGAGGUAGAGAGCGGUGCGGAUGAGGCCGGUGAACGUGGCGCUGGUCUUGAACGCAGAUGUGGAUGUGGAUGUGGAUAUGGGCAACGAACGGAUAUGGGAAUGGAUGAGUCUAUCGCGUGCUGCAGGCCUGGUUUUCAGCUUACACCGCACAGUCAAGAUCGACCGGCGCGUUUUCGACGAUGAUGCUCCUCUGGGCUUGAAAUGCGUGGACUUGGGUCGUGUGUAUGGAUGGUAUGGGCAGCUUGGUUCAAGGGAAAAAGGAAGAAGAACUGUGACAUGUACAAUCGAUUAGCUUUCCAAAAAGCCAAUCAGUCUGGUUCUCUUCCA